CACAAGCAGGAGACUCUGCCAUGGAUUCUGCCUGGCCAAAAGCUCAGGAGUGGAGAGCAUUAAAGGAUAACCACCCAACCUGCAUAUGGAUGCCAAGGUGGGAGGGUAGUGUACUUUGAACUGUUCAGGAACACAUUAUCCGAUUUCCGUUAAGUAUCUUGGAUUUACAAAAUUCCUAGAUGUAGUUUUCAUUGGAUCAUUUUGAAGGGCACUGGGGCGUAACUGUAAUCGUAAUCCCAAACCUCUGAUGUCUGUGUCUUAUACAAGCAGGAACUUAAACCAUGGCACACAGAGAACAAACACCGAGAAACAAACGCAGUGCUCUGGUAAAGACAGCAGUCUGAGUGUACCUGAUCUCCGCUGGUGAUGCCAGCAUGCGUGCUCAGAAAUGGGGACGUGUGGGGACCAGUGUCCGGUCCAGCGUCCUGGCCGCCGUCAGACACCUGCCCUCCGUCCGCUGGGUGUCCAGUGGAACUCUGACCAGGCUGCUUCAGAGGCUGGCCGUCGUGCAGUACAUCCUCUCUUUCCUCUUCCUUGGUCCUGUGUGUAUUAUUCUGCUGAUCUACCUGCUGUACACAUCGUGUUGGUGGAUCACUGCACUUUACUAUCUGUGGUUGGUAUACGACUGGAAAACACAUAAACAAGCUGGCAGGAGAUGGUCGUGGGUGAGGGGCUGGCCAGUGUGGACUUACCUCAGCGGUUACUUCCCCAUCCAACUCAUCAAAACCCAUCAUUUACCACCUGACAAGAAUUAUAUCUUUGGCUAUCACCCACAUGGAAUUUUCUGUUUUGGAGCGCUCUGCAACUUUGGCACUGAGGCCAAUGGGUUUUCCGAGAAGUAUCCCGGGAUAACGCCUUUUGUGGCCACGCUGUCGGGAAACUUCCUCCUGCCCGUUGCCAGGGAGUACUUAAUGUCUACAGGUGUUUGUCCCGUGACUCAUGACACCAUAGACUUCAUCCUGUCUCGGAACGGCACAGGAAAUGCCAUCGUCAUCGCGGUGGGGGGUGCUGCGGAGUCCCUCAACACAACCCCUGGGGUAAAUCAAGUCACCCUGAAGAACCGUAAAGGUUUUGUGCGGAAGGCCCUGAAGCACGGGGCGGCCCUGGUCCCGGUCUUCUCCUUCGGUGAGAAUGACACGUACCAGCAGGUGAUGUUUGCGGACGGCUCGUGGUGCCGGUGGCUGCAGAAGCGGCUUCAGAAGAUAGUGGGCUUCGCGCUGUGUGUGAUCCAGGGCUGCAGCCUGCUCUCCGCAGACACCUGGGGCGUCAUGCCCUUCCCCAAACCCAUCACCUCCGUGGUGGGGGAGCCCAUCAGCGUUCCCCAGAUCAGCGAGCCCAGCGCUGACGAGGUGGACCGGUACCAUGCGCUCUACAUGGCCUCCCUGCAGCGCCUCUUUGACACAGAGAAGACCCGCUUCGGCCUGACACAGAGAGACACACUGCUCAUGCACUAAAGACCCGCCAACCAGACCAGGGACUCACCUGAACAUGGCCUUGAGGUGCAGGAGAGGGGAGAUCACACACACACCACACGUUACUGAACAUGGCCUUGAGGUGCAGGAGAGAGGAGAUCACACACCACACGUCACCUGAACAUGGCCUUGAGGUGCAGAUCACACACACACCACACGUCACCUGAACAUGGAGAUCACACACACCACACGUUACUGAACAUG